CUUGAUUCCAAAUGUUCUCCUGGAAGUCACCGAUGUUCCUGUCUGCUAUUGAGGACUCAGCACCCACCAUGGCCUCCUUCAGCUAAAUAUCGGCAGAGAUCCUGGUUCAUAGAAGAAAACAAGAGUCAUCCUGAGCCUCUGAUUUUGCAGAAUUUUCAGAUUUCUGUCACUGUGGAUGGCGUCCCCGACCAUCCUAGCACUCGGGUCCUCCAACCAGAGCCAGCUGGCGCCUUCAAACACGACAGCCUGUGACAGUGCUCAGGCCAUCUGGGGCCUGCUGUACCAGGUGCUGCCUGCGUUCAUCAUCGCCAUCUGCAUCUGGGGCCUGCUGGGCAACCUCUUUGUGCUAUCCAUCUUCCUCCUGCCCCGGCGGCGUCUGAACGUGGCCGAAAUCUACUUGGCCAACCUGGCGGCUUCUGACCUGGUGUUUGUCUUGGGCUUGCCCUUCUGGGCAGAGAACAUCUGGAACCACUUUCACUGGCCCUUCGGGGACGCCCUGUGCCGCAUCGUCAAUGGCGUCAUCAAGGCCAAUCUGUUCAUCAGCAUCUUCCUGGUGGUGGCCAUCAGCGGGGACCGGUACCAUGCACUGGUGCACCCCAUGGCCAGCCAGCGGCGGCGGCGGCGGCGGCAGGCCCAGGCCAUCUGCAUGCUCAUCUGGGGCUUAGGCGGCCUCCUCAGUGUCCCCACGUUCCUGUUCCGCACCGUGGAGACUGUCCCAAAUCUAAAUAUCUCCGCCUGCGUGCUGCGGUUCCCGCACGAGGCCUGGCACCUCGUGCGGACAAUGAAGCUGACCGUGGUGGGCUUCCUCCUCCCGCUGGCCACCAUUGUCUUCUUCAACUACCACAUCCUGGCCUCCCUGCGGGCGUCCAGGCAGCGGGAGGUGAGCCAGACCAGGCGCGGGGGCCCCACGAGCCGCAAGACCACGUUGCUGAUCUUCACGCUGGUGGUGGCCUUCCUGGUCUGCUGGGCCCCCUUCCACUUCUGUGCCUUCCUGGAGCUCCUGUUAGAAGUGCGUGCCAUGCAGAGCUGCUUCUGGGAGAACUUUACAGACCUGGGCCUGCAGUUCGCCAGCUUCUUUGCUUUCAUCAACAGCUGCCUGAACCCAGUGAUCUACGUCUUGGUGGGCCGGCUUUUCAGGACCAAGGCCUGGGAGCUUUAUAAACAAUGGACACCAAGGAGUCCCUCUCCAGGCCUCAGCCCAUAAGAAAGAAAUCCUCCAACUUUGCUGGAGGGGUUAAAGCAGUGCUGAGCCAAGAAGCUCGGCUCCGUCACCAUGCUUUCUGACACAGUGGUCACUAUUGCAGAUGGUGGGAUAAUGCAGGACUGCUGGGACCUGGUCCCUGGGGCCUGGACUAUUUCUGUGGCCACCCAGACCUUACAGAUGCACUUGCAGUCUGGAGGCGGGGAGCUUCCUGGGUGAUCUGGGUGACCCCAAUGUAACUACAAAGUUUCUCCAAAGGAGGCCAGAGGCUGCGUGACGCAGAAGCCGGAGGUCGGCUGAGACAAGCUCAGGGCCACGGGCCAAGGACAGAGGGUGGCUCUGGUGAGAAGA